AUGGUAUUUAGUUUAGGUAGAUGGAUAUUCCUUAUAUGGAUAGGUGCCAUCGCUUUUGCCGCUGAUCAGGAGCAACCGCCGGUUUUCAAAAGAGGAGGCUCGAAUUUCAUCAUGGAAUCUGUGGCAACCAGCUGUGAUCACGAUUUUGUGGAGUAUUUUCGAAAAGUGCCUGGCACAAAGGAUAUAAUAACCUUUCGCGUGGUGAAACUGGCCAAAGCCUUCACCAUCGACAUUGCUGUGAGGGUCCUGAAAACGAAGAGAGUUAUGUACAGGGUGGACAAAAUAGAUGGUUGUCAAUUCCUCAGCAAUCCGCUGAUGAAUCGCGUCUUCGGAUCGGUCUACAAGCGACUCAUUGUGAAUGGUUCCUUCAGUUGCCCAAUAAAGCCGGCGGUUUAUUACAUCAGGAACGAAGGAUCUGUGGCCAUGUUGCCCACUUUCCAUCCUCCGGGAAGAUAUCAGAUCACCAUGCGCGUCAGGAUGCAUGAAAGCAGAGCUCCUUUUGUAAUGGAGAUGCUUUGGAUAUACAAUGUAGUUAAAAUAAAGUAA